AUGUCGUUGCCUAAAAUUCUGCUUGAAGGUAUACAAGAAGUCGGCGCUAAUGAAGGAUUCACAGAGACCAUUUAUACUUUCGCUAGAGUUGAAAAGAUGCCGGAUAAUUAUGGUUGUAUUUCUGUGAGUCCAAACGGUCGUAAGAUUGCCAUAGUUGAUCCUGAGGCUACUGUUAUAAAAAUUUAUAACGUAGUAAUAGACGGCAGCAUAACGCCUUCCGAUGAGAUAUUGCUCCCGUCAAACUUUGCAAGAAAGUUGGAAGCUAAAGAAGUUCAUUACUCACUCGCAAUAUCCGACGAAUGUACAAUAGCAAUAUCAGUAUUCAACGUAUCGCCCGACACUCUUCCUGAUGUUAAAUGGUCUAGCGAAUUAAGCGAGGUAGACGUAAGCGAUGACAAUAAACUCUGUCUGCAUUAUUUGGCUGUCGGCACUACUAGAAUAGUAGUCACUCGGGAGGGCAAAAGCCUCGAUACUCUGACAAUCGCUGGCAUUAUUCGAUUUGUUGACGAGAACACACUGAUCGUCCUUCAAAAUGAAAACGCCUUUACGCUUUUUCACAUAAACAAGAAUGAUAAAAGAAAAAUUGCAUAUCCACCAGCAAUGACGGAGCGUCUAUCGUUAGUAGAGGUAUAUGAGCAAACUUUGUUGCUACAUAGAUGUUCUGUUGGUAAAUGGCUUAUAAGUAAUGAUUUAUCAAAAGGACUUGAUGCUUUCGACAUGACUAGUGGUGAAUUGAUACAAAAAUUUCAAAAAGCUCCUGGUAAUAGCGCCCUUAUUCCCUUUGCUGCAAAAUCCUCCGACUCGAAGUUUCUGGCUGUUUGCGAUGAAGACGGACGGGUGAGCCUAUAUCUCACGGAAAAUGGUAUACAUAUAACCACUCUUAAGGCGGAAAUAUAUGGACAAUUCUUAUUCGCUGCGUUUAUUAACGAUGAUAAGAAACUGUUUACCAUUAUUGAACAUGACGGCAGUUAUUUCAGUGUAAUUUAUGAACUCUCAGACUUUUACACCAACACAGAAUAUCAUUCAUCCAGUUGGCAUUUAAAAAAAUAUUUUGGAUUUGGAAAUUUAAAGAAACAAAACCCAAUAGUACAGACUAUGGCUGGACUAUUCUAUCUCGAGGCCAAUGGUAAACCAACAAGAAUAGACGUGGAUUCGAUCGCCUCGUAUGCGUUUAGCGAAGAUACAAUUUCUCGCGAUGAUAAAAAGGUUAUUCGGAAAACAGUUGAUGAACAGCCAUAUGAAAUCUCUAAUAGAUUGUCUCUCACUGUUUCCGAAAAGAAAUCCAAAGCACGUCAUCCGUUUAUACAUGAUACUACCGAUUUUGAGCCAUGGGACAGAACAGGACGACCACACAGAUCAGAAUGUCUGGAUAAGUCAAGAUGUUUAUUCCUGAUCGUUGGAGAGGAUACAAUACAGAUAUGGGAAGAUCGUACCAAUGCACUAUACUUUUGGGCAGCACAUGAUUUUAUAUCUGGUCAAUCGAAGACAUCUGAUAAACACGAUAAGUUUAGUAGAUUUGAGAAGUUCGAUAAAUCCGAUAAAACCGCAAAAAUUGAGUAUCACAAAUGCCGACGAAACGGAGAUCAUUUAAUAAUAGACGUAAAAACUGAUGACAAACCAGAGGAAACUACUAUUUCCUUGUACGAUGUGUUUAACGAAGACAUGCGUUUAAGGCAGUCAGUGGUGUCACUCGUUAAUAGUUUGGCUUUUAUCAAGUGGAUACAGCAUCAACAGACAUCCCGUAAUUCAAAAAGGAUACGUGAUCUUGAACACUAUACAUGUCAAGCCAUCCAUGAUGUAAUUGCAAAUCAACCAGACGUUUGGCAGUUAAUGGAUUCAAAAUAUAAAAUUAUGAAAAUUUUAUUACGUGCACAUUGUGACAAGAUUAUAGCCGAGAUAUUGAAACCGGAGAGUCGUUUACAUCGACCGCAGUUUUAUGGCGAUGGACAUUACUAUUAUGAAAGCGAUUUAACUGUUGCAUCUGGAAUGAGUAGAGACUGUUUGAGAAAAUUGUUAGACUAUUAUAGUCAGAACACAUUGGCAUUAGAUACAGUUGGCUGGAUGUCCACGUUCUCACGUGCUUUACCAUUGUUAUAUAGCAAACAUCGAGAUAUCAUUGACGAGUUUUUCGCGAGAUCAGCUGUCUUUGGAGCGAUGACUGUCGAUGCCAAUAAAUUUGACUAUUGCAAUAUUGGUUUAUCUCCGGAACGACUAAAGACCGUUCGACAUUAUGGACUAAAAUCUCUCAACACUUUUGCAUCAUUGGCCAGGGGGUCACAUAAACCUGUACCAGACGAGAACAAACAGGCUAGAUUCGGAACUUUGUGUCUGGCUCCUCUACCUGAAUUCGAUGCCUACGGUAGUUCAACAGAGUGGAAAGUUCGAUUCUCAAGACCGGUAUUUUUACGAAAGGUGGCGGAACGGUUAUCUCAGUUCUCCACACCAUCGUUCUUACUUUGGAUUCCGGCGGUUAACGUUCUGUAUAUGUUGUUCAUGUCGAGAUCCACCAAAUGCACACAUAGCCCUUUCCUCAAUCUAUUUAAAUUGCUUCCAUCCAAUUCUUUGUUCGAGAGUCCCUGUAUGGAGGCUGUGGUCGAUUUUAAAUGGAGGAAAUAUGGGCAGAACAAAUUUACUCAAUAUCUAAUAUACUAUUGUGUAUGUUUCAUAAUGUUUUCAGUGUUGGUAUGGAAAUGGCUCAAUGACGAGCGCUCGCAAUUGAUGAAAUUUUACGCAGUUAUAAUGGUUUUCAGCUAUGUAUUCUUCCUGCUGUUCGCUUUGAAGAAAUUGAAAGUGAAUCCGAGAAGUACUUAUGCAUGGGUCGAGUUAUUGACCAUCAUAGCUGCCGUUGGGGCCAAUAUUCUCAUGUUUCUGGAUGCUAUUGGUGUUUUAAAGAAUGGAUCGCAGCCCAUCAUAAUCUAUUCUGCGUUUGCUAUUCUCAGUCUAUGGGUGCAAUUUAUUCUGAUGCUUAGAGUCGUAAAAGGCAUUGGACAUUAUGUCAGCACUCCUAUAUCAAUACUUAAACAUACUUAUCGCUUUCUGAUAGUCAUGGCUUUAUUUAUAAUUGGGUUUGGCCAUACCAUCAGUAACAAUAGUAGUGCCACGGGAGACAGCACAUUCAACAACAUAGCUAAUUCUGUGGUAGCUGUCUUCUUCUGGACUAGUGGCACCUCUCCCUUGGCACAGGAAAACUUUCUCGCGCUUACAGUGAUAUUGAUAAUGGGCAGCUUGAUACUAGUCACAAUGAUGCAGAAUAUACUUAUAGCUUUAAUGACAGCGGUUGUCGAACUCGUGAAAGAAGAUGAAAAGAAUAUGAUACUGGUAUUAAGGGCUGAAUAUCUAAUUGUAGUUGAAGAAAUGCUUCUCAGUGCAAAAGAGCACAACAAUAGGGAAUGGUUCCCAAAGCACAUAUAUUAUUAUUCUAAUACAGAUUUAGUUAAAAAAUGGCAGAAAAAGGUUAUAGUAAAGACAAGUGUCGAGGAUAGAAUGUUCAAACUAGAAAAUAAGAUUCAAGAGAUUCACGAAAAGUUGGCAGCAAUUCUCGACGCUUUAAAAACAAAUCCAUAG